AUGUUCAUUAUCUAUGUAUCUAUCUAUCUAUCUGAGAAUGUUCAUUAUCUAUCUAUCUAUCUAUCUAUCUAUCUAUCUAUCUAUCUGAGAAUGUUCAUUAUUUAUCUAUUUCAGAAUUUUCCUUAUCUAUCUAUCUAUCUAUCUAUCUAUCUAUCUAUCUAUCUAUCUUUUUCAGAAUGUCCAUUAUCUAUCUAUUUCAGAAUAAUGUUCAUUAUCUAUCUAUCUAUCUAUCUAUCUAUCUAUCUAUCUAUCUAUCUAUCUCAGAAUAACGUUCAUUAUCUAUCUAUCUAUCUGAGAAUAUUCAUUAUCUAUUUCAGAACGUUCAUUAUCUAUCUAUCUUUCUAUCUAUCUAUCUAUCUAUCUAUCUAUCUAUCUAUCUAUCUCAGAAUGUCCAUUAUCUAUCUAUCUAUCUAUCUAUUUCAGAAUGUCCAUUAUCUAUCUAUCUAUUUCAGAAUGUCCAUUAUCUAUCUAUUUCAGAAUAAUGUUCAUUAUCUAUCUAUCUAUCUAUCUAUCUAUCUGAGAAUGUUCAUUAUCUGUUUAUCUAUCUCUCUAUUUAUCUAUCUAUAUCUGGCAAAAUGUUCAUUAUCUAUGUAUCUAUCUAUCUAUCUGAGAAUGUUCAUUAUCUAUCUAUCUAUCUAUCUAUCUAUCUAUCUAUCUGAGAAUGUUCAUUAUUUAUCUAUUUCAGAAUUUUCCUUUUCUAUCUAUCUAUCUAUCUAUCUAUCUAUCUAUCUAUCUUUUUCAGAAUGUCCAUUAUCUAUCUAUUUCAGAAUAAUGUUCAUUAUCUAUCUAUCUAUCUAUCUAUCUAUCUAUCUAUCUAUCUAUCUAUCUCAGAAUCAUGUUCAUUAUCUAUCUAUCUAUCUAUCUAUCUAUCUAUCUAUCUAUCUAUCUAUCUAUCUAUCUCAGAAUGUCCAUUAUCUAUCUAUCUAUCUAUCUAUCUAUUUGAGAAUAUUCAUUAUCUAUUUCAGCAUGUUCAUUAUCUAUCUAUCUAUCUAUCUAUCUAUCUAUCUAUCUGAGAAUGUUCAUUAUUCAUCUAUUUCCGAAUGUCCAUUAUCUAUCUAUCUAUUUCAGAAUGUUCAUUAUAUAUUUCAGAAUAUUCAUAAUCUAUUUCAGAAUGUUCAUUAUCUAACUAUCUAUCUAUCUAUCUGA